CAGUGAGUGCUGUAAUGUUACUGCUGGGUUUUCAUUGUGCUCUGACGUGGUUACAUCAUGGUUUAAGACAUCACAUGGUGUCUUUUUAAAAUCUGAUGUAGGAUUAGGAGGUGUUUUAGGACUUACAGUAAAUUUUGUACACGAUUCUCAUCAUUUCAACAUGUGUCUUAAUUGUUUUAGCAUUAAUAUUACAUGAGAUCUUUACAGGAAGAGCUUAGUUGAUUAAUCUAUUAGUCAAUCAUCAGAAGAUCAGUCCACAACAACUUUGAUAAUGGAUUAAGAGUCAUUUAUCAAACAAAAAUAUGAAACAUUUUCUGGUUCCAGUUUCUCCACUGAGAGGAUUUGCUGCUUUUCUGCAUUUUAUAGCACUGUAAAUACGAAACAUUUCACUUUUGAAAUGACAUAGUAACCAAUCUGAAGAUAUCCUGGAACUUUAUUGACUAAAAGAUGAAAAGAUGAAUCAGCAAAAUAAUGAACAAAUUGAACUAUAACAAAAAUAAUCAUUAGUUUCAGCUUUGUUACAUUAUAAGAAAAAAAGUUGCAUCAAUUGAAGGUAUUUUGAAUGAGGCUGUUUUUUGUUUUCUUUUAUUGGGUAAAAUGAAGUGUCAGUGCCAAAGAGCAUUAUGGAAUAGAGUAAAAGUCAGUCUAAACCUCUUUGGUGCAUUUCAGUCUCAGCUUUUUCUGUGUCUACGUGCAGUGAAGCAGUCAUAUGAGUGCUUCAGAAAAGGGCACAAGAAGAGCAACUGACAUUCUUAUAAACUGACAUUUUGACCUUUUCAGCCAAAGCAUAGAUCCCCUCCAGCAGCAGGUGGGACACAUGUCUGACUUCCAUGAAGGUGAAAGCAGUGUUAUGUAUAGGCUACAGAAGGCCUUCCAAACUUUGGUUCUGAAUGGAAAGAGGGGCCAGAACAUCCGGGAUAUGAUGUUUUGACUGAUUAGAUGUGGCUCUGACCAAAAUGCUGGCCUCCAAGCACCUGCCCUGCUGCACUGUUAUUCUGUUUGUGCUAUUAAAGCUGACCCUUGCUCAGUACGAGCACCUUGGCUACCCACCGGGCUACCCAGACCCAGAGCAGGAACAGUACACCGCCCCGCAGCUGACACCGGACACGCCCAGGAUUCAGCUCCGACUGGCGGGAGAUAAGAGGAAACACAACGAGGGCCGUGUAGAGGUUUUCUACAAUGGCGAGUGGGGAACCGUCUGUGAUGACGACUUUACUAUCCAUGCUGCUCAGGUGGUGUGUCGGGAGCUGGGCUACCUGGAAGCCAUCUCGUGGUCUCCAUCCUCGAAAUACGGGAAAGGUCAAGGACCCAUCUGGUUCGACAAUCUCCACUGCACUGGCAAAGAAAAGACCUUGGCGUUGUGUCCGUCCAAUGGGAUUGGUGUUUCAGACUGCAAACACAGUGAAGACGUAGGCGUGGUGUGCAGUGACAAGAGGAUACCAGGAUUUAAAUUCAUCAAUACCCUGCCCAACCAUAUAGAGAACCUUGAUAUUCAAGUGGAGGACGUGCGCAUACGACCCAUCCUGUCAUCGUACCGUAAGCGGAUCCCUGUAACAGAGGGCUAUGUGGAGGUCAAGGAUGGUGGUAAAUGGAAGCAGAUCUGUAACACUGAGUGGACCCAGUUUAACAGCAGAGUCAUCUGUGGCAUGUUUGGCUUCCCUGGGGAGAGGAAGUACAACGCCAGAGUCUACAAAAUGUUUGCUCGCAGGAGAAAGCCCACAUACUGGGACUACUCUGUCAACUGCACUGGUAACGAAGCCCAUUUGUCCAGCUGCAAACUGGGCCAGGCUGAAUCGCUGAAGUCCAAUGGCACCUGUGCUGCAGGGUUGCCUGUGGUGGUGAGCUGCGUGCCUGGCAGAGCCUUCUCCCCUACGCCCAUGUCAGGAUUCAGGAAGGCCUUCCGACAAGAGCAACCGUUGGUCCGUCUUCGUGGUGGGGCCAUCGUAGGCGAGGGCAGAGUGGAGGUGUUGAAAAAUGGAGAGUGGGGUACCAUAUGUGAUGAUAACUGGAACCUGCUGUCUGCCAGUGUGGUGUGUCGAGAGCUGGGCUUUGGUACAGCCAAGGAGGCCCUGUCUGGAGGUCGGCUGGGACAAGGUAUGGGCCCAGUGCACAUGAAUGAGGUGGAGUGCUCAGGAUUUGAGAAGUCUAUCACAGAGUGCUUCUUCAACAAGGAGGCUCUGGGUUGCAGCCAUGAAGAGGAUGCAGCUGUCAGAUGUAACGUCCCUGCUAUGGGCUUCCAGGAGCGGCUGCGUUUGAGUGGAGGUCGUACCCCCUAUGAGGGCCGUGUGGAAGUGCUGGUGGAGAGAAACGGCUCUCUGGUGUGGGGGACAGUGUGCAGUGACGGCUGGGGAACCAUGGAGGCCAUGGUCGUCUGUAGACAGCUGGGCCUGGGCUUCGCCAGCAAUGCUUUCCAGGAGACAUGGUAUUGGCCAGGGGAGGUGAGUGCAGACGCUGUGGUGAUGAGUGGAGUUCGCUGCUCUGGUACUGAAAUGUCUCUGUCCCACUGCCUGCACCACGGGGCCCACCUCAGCUGCCCAAGAGGAGGUGGACGCAAUGCUGCUGGAGUCUCCUGUUCUGAGACGGCUCCUGACCUGGUGUUGAACCCUCAGGUGGUGGAGCAGACCACCUACAUGGAGGACAGGCCCAUGUUCAUGCUGCAGUGUGCGUUUGAGGAGAACUGUCUGGCCUCCACCUCCAACCAGGUUCCGGCCAACUCCUACCGCCGCCUGCUGCGCUUCUCCUCCCAGAUCCACAACAAUGGCCAAUCUGACUUCAGGCCUAAAGCCAGCAGACACUCUUGGGUGUGGCACGAUUGUCACAGGCAUUAUCACAGCAUGGAGGUUUUUACACUCUAUGACUUGUUUAGCCUCAAUGGAACCAAAAUAGCAGAAGGACACAAAGCAAGUUUUUGCCUGGAGGACUCAGAGUGUGAUGAAGGUAUUGAAAAGAGGUAUGAAUGUGCUAACUUUGGAGAGCAGGGUAUCACCGUGGGCUGCUGGGAUACCUACAGGCACGAUAUUGACUGCCAGUGGGUCGACAUAACUGACAUCAAACCUGGAGAUUACAUUUUUCAGAUAAUAAUUAAUCCAAACUAUGAAGUGCCAGAGUCAGACUACACCAAUAACAUUAUGAAAUGUAGAUGUCGAUACGAUGGCCAUCGUGUGUGGAUGUACAGCUGCCAUAAUGGUGGCUCCUUAAGCACUGAAACAGAACAGACGUUCCCAGGCCUUCUCAACAACCAGGUGACCCACAGGUAAAGACAAAGCAGAGGAGAGGAGUCGACUGGCCGUUCCCUCCAGCAGGGAGACUGUCUGAAGCCCACCAACCACUACACAGCUCCAUCAGUGGUGGAUUCUUCCUGCUAGGCCCACCCUGGUCAAACCAUCUUUUUUUUUCCUUUCAUCCAUGUGGCAGCAGCUUUCUUUGACUCUCCUUAUUUGAUCACCCCUCAUAUUCAAACAGAGGCCUUACCAACACUUCCAACCUCCUUGGUUAAGAUCCAGAGAACGCAAAGCUCUCUGUGUUACCUGUGUUUUUUUUUUUGUUUGUUUGUUUGUUUUUUCUGAUGAGUGAUGAAAUAAACCUGCUGGGAAGGGAGGUAUUUUACACAAGGUGCAGCAUUGGGGAGUGUCAUCAAGAAGCAUUUUCUUUGAAGUGCAGCACUUUAACAAUGCCCUACUGCAGUGUUUUUUGCUCAGAGCUCACCCUGGAGAGUUUAGAUGUCUGUGCCGGGUCGCCUGAGAAUUGAGAGGAAUCAUUGAUAAGAACUGCAGUGGCCUGUGCUUGGAAAUAAAUGCAGUAUUCUUCCACUUUUCAACUGUCUCAUAAAGUGCCUUUUACACACUGAAGUCCACAUACACUCAGGUUAUGUUACACAGGCAAAAUGAGCAAUUCUUUUUCAUGUUAGUUAUUUAAGCUGAAGGUACAAUUUUACAUCCCUCAAUGAGGAGUUUAUGCAAAUUAAGCUAUGGCAUAAACAAGUCCUUAAAAAGCAAACAGCUCAUUCAUCACAAAUUACAAGUGUAACUUGCCUGGUCCAGCUAUAAGACUUAUCUACCAAGGCUGAAAUGUUACAUGCUAAAGUGCCUUAAAGUGCCUCAAAGCCUUUUUUGAAAAAAUAAUUGGGGCAUUUAUUCUCUGGUCUGCUCUGCAAACUACAGACUGGAGUCUUUGCAUAGUGUCUGAAAUUCACAUUUCAAAGAGCAGAUGCAUUUGAGGAAGGUGGUGUUACAAAGUGUGUUGGUAGCAGUCUCAAUUCAGCCAAGAAUUAAAUUAUGUACGCAAAGAGGUUUUAUUUUUUACAAGCUCUGUCCUAUAGCCUUUCAGUUAUUGAAAAGCAAAAUAUUCUGAUUCAGAUUUGGGUAAUUUUGUGUACUUUUCCCAUUGGUCACUUGGGGAAGAUUAGCUUCCAUACUUUGUCUUCUUUAUUAUAUGUAGUAGUUUUAUGGGACCUCAUGUUUCUUUUUUCCUUGUUCAGUGCAGUUACAAAAUAAUCAUAUUUAUUAAAUCUACCGUCUGUAAAGAGCAACUUAACAUUCCCUAAAAUCUUGUUUUUGCUUAACUCCAGUGGUUUAACAUCUCAUCUUGCUGCAGUGAUGCAGUGUACCCCGGGGUCUGUUAGUACACCAUGACAUCACUGUUGGGUGUGGUUACUGGUACGACAGAACCAUGGAUGUAUUAUAGUAACUGGAUAUUGGACUCAGAUACGGCUCCCACUCAAUGAAAUGAAAAUUGGCACGAGCCAAAAAAAGUUAUCUAGCUUCCAGAUUUGCGUCCAUGUUGUGCAGCACACUGCAUGUGCACACUAGUGUUUUUCCUGCUGGUCCCACCUGUAUGUUCCCACUUCAGGCUCUGGGAUAGUCUUACAAAUACAACCUCCACUGAUAAAAAAAUUCAUAAUAGAAAGAGUAAACACCAACCUUGUGUGCAUCCCAGUUCAAGGUAUCUUGUUGACAGUUUCAUCGACUUCUCUUUUAUAAUGGUGGUCUUUUUUUUGCCACUAUGGUAAACUGUCAGCAAAACUGAGUGGAGACACAGUAUCCAGUUCUAUUUCAACAUCCAUGGACAGAACACAUUUCACUGAAAGAGACAUUAAACACACUUGAAACUUUAAACCACAGAGGGCAUUGACACACUGCUUUUCAUGGUGGUAUUAAGUUACUCUUUAAACAUAAUCCUUUUAAUUAGCUCAGCUUUUUUUUUCUUUUUUUUUGUGGUCUCUUUUGGCAAGUCUCAUCAGAACUAGUGCCUUAUAAUUUCACAAAAUAAGCAUGCCUGACUACGUCAUGUUGAAAUGAGACUGAGAACAAACGUCAGAUUUGUCCUAAAAUAUAAGUCCAAGUUAAAUUAAAUUGCAUGCUCUAUAGCAGAGCCACUCAGUAAAUUACAUGUCUUGUGCUUUAUUUGGAGAGAAAUUAAAUUCCCAAAAGAGAGAAAUUCAUAUUUUAUAGUUUCUUUGAUCCUAGGAUUAUAACCCUUACCAUACCACUUCACAUGUGGUAGUGAGAACUGAAUAAUAGCAUGGUCAGACCAGUGAUUUCAAUUCAUUCCAAUUGAAUCGUCUUAUUUAGUUAAUUUGCUAAUGAUAAUUUGCUCCAAAAAUGGAGGAAGUUAUCAUAGCUUAAAGAGUGGUGCAGGCCAGCCUGGAAAUUGGUUCCCUCUGUGGUUCCCUCAACAAAAUGCCAGCGGGAUUUUUUGGAUUAGUGCAAAAAAUACACUGACAAACUAAUUUUUUUAUGAUACUUAAAUGUUCUGGUCCGAAAGAUAAUCUUAAGGAAUGAAGCCUAAAUACAACUGCCAGAAGUAAAAAGCUAAUGUUAAGGCUAUAAAUACAUGAUUAGGGAACAGUAAAUGCUAAAAUGCUAAGGUUUUAGGAUUCUUUCCUGCAGCAUUCUAUUAGCUGCCUGUCACCACUUUUUUUUAACCCUCCUCUGUUGGAGUAUCAACUGCUUCAAGAGGAAUUGUUUGCAGACAGUUACGGGACAUGAAUUGAUGGUAUGAAUAUUUUAUCUUAUUAUACCAUUAAUGACCAAGCAAAGUCAAUAAGACAACAUGUUUGUGAACUGACUGUUAGUGAACUUCAACACCAAGGUUCUAAAAUCAAACAUUUUGUGAAGAUGUGCAGAUAAAUAGUGCUACAAAACUUUCUUCUGGUGUGACCAAAGCUUAAAGUGUGACGUCACUGCGCUAUCAUAGUCUGACUAGUAGCUACAUAACAGCCUGAGACAUAACACAGAAGGACACAACCUCUGAACAACAAGCCACAUUAGCGUGGUUCUGGCUAAUGUUUUCAUGGACCUUUGCUUAGCUGCAUGAGCUACCAACCACCAAGGUAGUUUGCAGGGUAGAUAAUGCCAGUUAGCUUUUCAUCCGCAGGAUAUUGUAUUUAACCAGCACCACUAAUAACAAAAUUCUGUCUGUCCAUAUAACCUACAAUUACCGGAACAAGUUUAUUUACAUUUAUGUCCAAGCCCCUGGUAGCUGUCAAUCAAACAUGUACACCAGCCUGCCCAUUAGGCUUAAAGCCUUAUUUUGUCUAAUAAUUAAAAUAUUAAUGAUAUCUUUAAAAUUCACCUUGAUUUGUGCUUCCUGACACUUCAGUCUGUGUAACUACAGUGUAUCUUAGUAUUUCAUAGCCAGUGGCACUCUGAUGGCUCUACAUGAGGAUCAUAGGACUGUCCAACAGUAACAUGCUCUCAAAGAAUGGAAAGGUUUCAGCCAUGUCUUCUCACUGCUUCAUAUGUAGUCUUUAUAAGGAAACAGAACAGCUGAUAGAGAGAGCACAUACAAUAGCAUUUCUCCAUGUUUAGACAAAACUACAGAUAUUUGUUUUCUAGUCUCACAAUUUCAAGAAGUGAGGUUUUCACAGUUUUAUUCCUUGUUUGAAAAAAAAAAAACAUUUGUACAAUAAUGUGUGUGAACCCUAUUUUAUUGUACUUUUUAUAUUGGUGCUAUAAAACUGGUCCUCUGUUUUCUGAGGGUACAGUACAUGUUGAUUACCUACAUUAUGUGUACUAAUAGUAUACUUGAACUGAGUGUAAGAAACAAUGUGCUUUGUGUGUUCAACUAUAAUAAAGGUCAGAUUUAUGAAGCAACCAG